AUGGAUAAUAAUACGGCACCCUACUUCAACGAGUCCCGCAAUGCAACGGUACUUUCAGAUCAUCUGCACGAAGUCAGCAACCAGCUUGAGACAAACAACACGGAAGUUGCAAUAUUGAUUUCCAUUGCAACAGUUAUCGUCCUCAUCAACAGUUUGGUCCUUUAUUUAUUUUUCAAGAAUAGAUCUCUGCGGACCGUUUCAAACUAUCCACUUUUCAGCUUGGCAACUUGUGACUUCUUCUGCGGAAUUGUAGUCAUUCCUCUAUUUACAAUAAUGUAUUUUACGCCAUUGGUACAAUCCCAAGGUGCAACAAGGUUCUAUCUGGGAUUUUUGGUAACAGUUCUUCACAACUUCAUAGCCAUCGUCACUGUUUACCACAUAGUUAUUGUUACGGGGGAACGUUACAUGGCGAUUAAAUUUCCAUUUAAACAUCGCGUUCUUGACCAAAAGAACGUCCUAACAGUGCUAACUACUGUCUGGAUUUCCUCGCUUCUAAUAUCAUCAAUUCCAUUUACCUGGAUUCAUAAGAUAUAUCCAGUAAAAAAGCCAGUUUCUUCAAGGUUAGCAUUUGGUUUCACUAUAUUCUGCUCGAUAUUUGUCUUGGUUCUACCCUACAUUUUUUUGAUGUAUGCAUUCGCUGACAUGUUUAAAGGCGUCUAUGGUAAACCAAGGGAUAAGCAUCAACGUAGUAAUGAUUCCGGAAUGGCUCUGCGCCGCAGUAGAAGCAUUGAAAAACAUUCAGGUAGCGAGUUUAAGUGUCUAACACUAUUUGUCAUUAUGUCGUCCGUAUUUCUGAUUUGUUGGCUUCCUUGGUUUGUGGUAUUUCUGUUAUACCAGUUGUCCUUCGACACCUCUAAAUUGCUUGUACCGUCUCAAGUGGCGCUUUUUAUCCGCUACAUGACCUCAGUUGUCAACCCGCUGCUUUACACUUUUCUAAAAAGAGACUUUUUACAGACUCUUAAAUUUACCUUCAGGAGACGCAGGCAAGUUUCGCAUUCAGUUAUCUAUCCUAAUGGGAACGAGACAUUGCAAACGGAAUUCAACCAUUCUGGAGUGUCAGUCACUCAUUCACGUGAUAGGCAAUCUUCCAAGGCGGUGAAUUUAGGCACCAUCCAAGAGGGUGAGGGGUAUUUUGGUGACAGUGAGUGUUGA